ACGUUUUGAUUAAAAUAACAUUACACGAUGGAAGAAUAUAGCCGUGCACCAUGCCCUAUAAGAAUUUUAGAAGAUAUGGGAGGUGCAUUUGCUCUAGGUCUUAUUGGAGGAGGAAUUUUUCAAAGUUUUAAAGGUUUUCGAAAUGCGCCAGUAGGUUUUGACAGGCGAUUAAAAAGUGCAUAUUUUACAAUGAAAACUAGAGCGCCACCAUAUGGUGGUAGUUUUGCUGUUUGGGGUGGUGUAUUCGCAUCAGUUGAUUGUUCCCUUGUAGCUAUAAGAAAAAAAGAAGAUCCAUUGAAUAAUAUUGCCAGUGGUGCAAUAACUGGUGGAAUAUUAUCAGCUCGAGGUGGUGUAGCUGCUAUUGCAGGAUCUGCUAUUUUUGGUGGCCUUUUAUUGGCUUUAAUAGAAGGAUUUAAUAUUGCUUUUUGGUAUAUUCAGGCUGAAGAAUUUAAACCUCAAGUUAUAUUGGAAACUAAACUUGAUGAUGAUAAAAAAGGAAAUGAAAAAAUGAUCGAUGAUAAAAGUGAUCAAAAUUAUCAAAAUAACAGCGGACAAAAUUUCAAUGAAACAAAUUUUAGUUCUGGCUAG